AUGCACCACAGCGCGGAAUUUGCGGAACUAUCGCCUUCAGCCGCUAAGCAUAUGAGUCUAGACCAAGACAGCGACUUCCAGAGCGACGCCGACGAAGACGCCGGCCGUGGUCCAAAGAGGAAGCGGCCGCUUUCCGUUUCCCGUGUCGCGCCAAAGGCAGCAUAUGCCAGCUUCCUAUGCUCGCCGAGUCCUCCCCGCGCAGCACACACCCAUGGCUCAAAGGCAUACCCCAUCAGCCCGGAUCCUAACCUCAUCAUACCUAGGUGCGAGCUCUGUAAACAGAGAAAAGUAAAAUGUGAUCGCGGCCAGCCUUCAUGUGGCUGGUGUAGCCGCAAUGGAGCGACUUGUGAGUACAAGGAGCGUAAAAAGCCGGGCCUCAGAGCAGGAUACGGAAAAGAAUUGGAACAGCGACUAGACAACCUCGAAGCAACCUUGAUUUCUCAUUCCAGAAUCCUACAGAAUCUCGGCCACUCGUUGCCUAACGCAGGAGCCGGAGGAGCUCACAAUAGCUUCAAAAGCCUACCUAGUGAGCAAGGUAGUCCAGGCGAAUCUACGCAACAUUUCCGGCCACAGGACCAGAUACGGGCAUCACAAAGAGAAGGGAACUUCGUCAUGACGAAGCAAUCUUCAUUCACCCCCAGCUCCCAAAACGCCGAAUUUCCAGUCAAUUCGGCCCCUAUGAUGCACGACAGGUUUCAGCAACGGCCAGUGUCUACCAUCUCGACUGCAUCGCACCCGGAUUCUGCCGCUCCCGAAUACUACCAGCACUCUCGAGCAAACCCGCCUCAUCAUGCAGAGUCCCAAGGGGCAGACCAAGACCUGCCUCCGUACGAUCUCGUAUACUCGCUGGUAGACUUGUACUUUAAGAACGUUAACACUUGGUGUCCUAUUCUGCACAAGAAAACUACACUGGAUACCCUCUUCGGUCCAUCUGCCCUACAAGAGGCCGACCUUGUACUGCUUCACGCAAUCGUCGCAACCACAAUGCGAUAUUCUACCGACGUACGACUUACACUGGAGCGACGAAAGAGCUAUCACAAAACUUCCAAAGACAAAGUCCUCCUCUAUGGAAUGGAGAACUCGUCCGUUAAAUCGCUUCAAGCACUUGUUGUUCUGGCAUUGGACUUGUGUGGAAGCAGUAAUGGUCCCCCCGGUUGGAACAUUAUGGCACUCAUCACACGCUCUGUAGUUCAGCUCGGACUCGCUGUCGAGGCUACAUCCACCAUGGUCUCACCAAGCUUCACCUCUAUAUACACAUUGAGAGCCAUGGUCCUGCCUGAGCCCAAGGAUUUCAUCGAGGAAGAGUCUCGACGGCGCCUUUUCUGGAUGAUCUACCUUUUGGAUCGAUACGCCACAAUUGCGACCGCAUUCGAGUUUGCUCUAGAUGACAGGGAAAUUGACAGAAGCCUUCCUUGCCGUGACGAUCUUUGGAUGGCAAAUCGAAAAGUUGAAACCAAAUGGUUUACGAUGAGCAAUUCCCCUGAAGCUGCACCUCACCCUGAUUCGGGUGCCACAGAGCACCUGGGCGCGUUCUCAUAUUACAUCGAGGUUCUCGGAAUUCUCUCCAAAAUCCACCAAUUUCUAAAACAGCCCGUGAAUAUCGGAGUGGUCGAAGACGUUGAAAGAUGGCAACUUCGAUAUAAGGACCUGGACAGCAUGCUGACAUCUUGGAAGUAUGGUCUUCCAGGUGAAUAUAGCAACAUGGCCAGAAUAUUUCAACUAGGCAGUCGCAACUUGAGCUGUACAUGGUUGAUGCUUCACGCGACCUAUCAUACGGCGGUGAUCAGGCUCCAUUCAUCAGCCGCAUACCCGACAACGAGAUCACCCAUCUUCACACCGUCGUAUAGUGCAUCACAACGAUGCCUCAGCGCAGUGGAAAAUAUUGCUGCUCUAGCCGAGUUCGCGUACACGAAUGAAUACAUGCUAAAGUUGGGUCCACCAUUCGCAUUUACGGUCUGGGUAUCUGCGCGCUUACUUCUAGUGCAUGGAUCGACAGUUGAGCAUAAACUCUCGCCGCAGAUUGCGUUCUUUGUCGAUAUCCUGAGAGCCCUGGGUGCUUUCUGGCCAGUCGCUCAACGGUACUGCAACCUGCUGCAGAGAGUUUUGGAUGAGCAUCGAGACAGCGAGCAAAACGGCGACGGAAUCACCCCAAGCUCCGUGAAAAUUCUGGCAGACAUGAGACGUACCGCAUUCGACCUGGAUUUCCUCAUCUCUCGUCAACCACGGCACGGAACACACACGAUGAGUCGUGUACCUAGCGUCACGUCAGCCAGAACACCAGCACCCAUCGAGCUAGAGUACCUCGACGUGUUUGACUUUUUCAACGUUCCACGUCUCCCUCUUUUAGGCGACAGCCUGGCCAUCUCAAACGAGGCUGUGACGCAGCCAGAAAUGCAUCCUGCCAGCAACGUGAACUCGCAAUCCGGUAUAACUGCGGACUUCAACAUUACCAACUUCAUGAUGGAUGCGAAUAGUGACUGGUUCAAGCAGGAAGGCGGGAAGUUUCUGGGACAAGGAUGA